AAAAUGAAGGUUUUGAAAUUAAUACCCCAAAAAUCUUAAUAGAGCUUAGCUCAAAACAAUAGAACCCUAGGCAUCCCAUUGCAGAGUAGUGUUCGCCAAAUUUUCCAGUUAUUUUCCUUCUCCUUUCUCUCUUUCUUUUUGGUGUCGUCUGCUUCAAUUUUCUUCCUCCUUAGAUAAUGGAUGAUAAAGUUGUUACUGUGGAUGAUCAAAUUGUAGCAGAGCUUACAAUCCCGGAAAAUGUUGCCAAAGAAUUAUUACUUGUGUCAAACUCAUCUUCUUUAGAAACGGCACUCGAGAAGCUGAUAGAACUUGCCAAGGAGGAGGGUGGACGGUUAGAUCUGUCGUCCAAGAAUGUUGUCACCACUGUCCUCCAUCUCUGCCAGUCUCUGUCAUCUAUCUCUUACCGUUACCUCCUUUUAUUGUCUCUUAAGGUACUUAGAAAUCUGUGUGCUGGGGAGAUAAUAAAUCAGAAUGAGUUUCUUCAACAAAGAGGAGUUGAAAUUGUCGUGGAUGUUAUUAUGUCGGUAGGACUUACUCCUGAUCCUGAUUGUAUGAUUAUUCGAGUUGGGCUGCAACUUCUAGGAAACUACUCAGUGGGUGGAGGAGAACGUCAAUGUGAUGUGUGGUACCAAUUGUUUCCUCAUAAGUUCUUGAAGAUUGCUAGAGUUAGAAACCAGGAAAUAUGUGAUCCUUUAUGUAUGGUUAUUUACACUUGCUGUGAUGGUACGGAUGGACUGCUUACAGAUUUAUGUUCGGAGAAAGGGUUGCCCAUUCUGAUAGAAAUUUUGCGUACUGCAUCAGCCGUUGGUCUUAAAGAAGUUUGGUUAAAAUUGUUACUCUCAAAACUUUGCAUUGAGGGCUCCUACAUCUCAUCAAUUUUCUUCAAAUUACAUUCAUAUCCUUCCGUUGAGAACAAUGGUGUUGUUACACAUGUAGUUGAUCAAUUUGUUAUUGAGCAGUCUUAUCUGUUGAGUACACUUUCAGAAAUCUUGAAUGAGCGAGUAGAGCAUAUUGUUGUUUCUCAUGAUUUUGCUCGAAGUAUCUUUGGGAUAUUGAAGAGUGCUUCUGGGGUUGCUGAUUUUUCAAUAAGAGGGAAAAGUGAUCUUCCAGUUGGGUCUGCUCCUAUUGAUGUUCUAGGAUACUCUCUCACCAUCUUGAGAGAUAUUUGCGCUUCUGAUCACAUGACAAGCUCUAAGGAAGAAAGUUCAAAGGAUGUCGUGGACGUACUUGUUUCCUCUGGGCUUAUUGAAUUUCUUUUGAACUUGCUUCGGGAUCUUGAACCUCCAACGACAAUUAGGAAAGCAAUGAAGCAGGAUCAGAUCAAGGAGGGGACAAUAUCUUCUUCAUUUAGGUGUUGUCCAUACCAAGGUUUCCGGAGAGAUAUCGUUGCCAUCCUUGGAAAUUGUGCUUAUAGGAGAAGGCAUGUCCAAGAUGAGAUUAGGGAUAAAAAUGGGAUCCUUUUACUGCUACAACAGUGUGUUAUAGAUGAAGAUAAUCCUUUCUUAAGGGAGUGGGGAAUCUGGUGUGUGCGAAACCUAUUGGAAGGGAAUGCAGAAAACCAAGGGGCUAUUACCGAUUUGGAGCUUCAAGGAACUGUAGAUGUUCCAGAACUUGUUAGACUUGGGCUUCGAGUAGAAGUUGAUCCCGUAACUCGUCACACAAAGCUUGUGAAUUCUUCAUGAUAUGUCAAGAGAUGAAAGUAAAAGUUGCAACUUCUGGAGUUGACAAACUGAUUGUUCAGGAGACUUGUUUCUUGGUUUGCUUAAGAUUGAUUCACAUGUUCCGGAAUGUCCAUAAGAGAGUACAUUACAAACAAUAAAGCAGAUGGAUUUGAUACCAAGGAAUGAAGACAGUGUUGAAGUCAUGGAGGCUCAGAGUACAUUACAAUUUACAAACAUAUUAUUUCUUCUCUUUGAAAAAUUGAAAACUCAAGUGCUAUAAAUAAAGG